ACACCAUACAUAGCUAGAGUGAUCAAGCAGUUAUAGUGACCAUUUGAAUAAGAUUGUUUUGUUGUUGUUGUAAUACACAGUGGAGACCCACAUUGUGAGUCAAUGGUUGCAGGCUUUAAUUAAUACAGAUCUUAAUAUAAAUAAUGGUUUAGUUGUGAAAGAGACUUUAUCAACAUGCAUGCUGUGAAUGGACUUCUGUUGAUAUCAGUGGGACUGUCUUAUGGAUUGGAGAACUCCUGUGAUGCCAGAAAGGAUGGAGCUCAGUGUUAUGGAGCUCUGGGAGGAACUGUCUAUCUCCAGUUGAUCAUCAACGCCAGUGGACAUGAGCUUGAAUUCAAGAACAACAUCACAGGGACAAACGUUUUCAAAUUAGAAAACGGCAAAGUCACAACAACCCCCCCUUUAAAACACAGAGCAGUGUUCUAUGUGGAAGAUGGGAUGUUGAUGCUCAAUAACACAGAGAAGGCUGAUUAUGGGAAACAUAACUUAAACAUUUACAACUUAGAGGGGACGCUUCUGAACACAACACAAUUAGACCUACUCCUGUUUACUGAAGCCCCAGUGUCCCCUCCUCAGCUGUCCUCUGAGUGUCUGUCCCAUGGAGAGAUGAGGGUGACCUGCUCCUUUGAGGGGGACAGUCCCCAGUACAGCUGGACUCUGGACGGACAGACACUGAACGGAAUGGAGGCUUUUCUCAGUGACAUGACAGACACCGUCAUUCUGAAGAAGGGUGUAGUGGGGACUCUCGCUUGUACAGUGAAAAACCAUAUCAGCAAUGUUACCAUCCCUCAAGAAAUCUCCUUAUGUAGGCCUACUGGACCAUGGGUCAAUGUGUUUGUUUAUUUCCAACUUGCUGAGGUCUUCUUUCUGCUGACAGUCUGUCUGGGAUCAUACUGUUUCUACAAGAAGAAAACCUGUCCUCAAGCACAAGAUGAUGAUGAAUAAGCAAAGAGUGCUUACUCAGGAUACACAAAAUAAGAGGUUUACUGUUCCAGAGGUUUAGAGGAAGAAGUGGAUGUCCUCAGAGAUGCUGUGAGGACAAAACCAAGCUGUGAGAUGUUGCUGACACAAUAUUGCUUUCUAUUGAAAAUGUAUCUUAUUGUUCUUUUAAUGUUUUCAAUGUUAUUUCAAAUGAGUAUAUACUGCUGUCAGUGACUGUAAUAACGUUAUAACAUUUGUGAGUAUAACCUUUUGCAAUAAAA